AGCCCUAAAUUCGCUUUAGGCCUUCCGCUCGAUUUCGUUCUACGAUUAACACAGACGACCAUACCAAGAGAAGUCGAAGGGAAGAAAGAAGGUUUCAAUUUCAAAAUGCCGGAUUACGGGGGAAGAUAUGACGGUAACGGCGAUGGACUCAACGAUUACAGUUCCUCACCCCCACAGAAGACUAGCAGUCAUGGCGGUGCGGAUGAAUAUAGUGACUCUAAAUCGCGGCAUGGAUCCCGGGAGUAUGACAGAGAAUCUUCAAGAAGUAGGGAGAAGGAAAGAGAAAAAAGCCGGGAUAAGGACAGGGAAAGGGAUCGAGGCAGAGACAGAGACAGAGACAGGGAAAGGGAUCGAGACAGAGAUCGGGAUCGUCACCAUAGAGACCACUAUAGGGAACGGAAUGACAGAAGGGACCGUGGUCGAGAUAGAGAUGACGAUGAGGAUUAUCACCGAAUUCGAGACUAUGAGAGGCGUAGAGAAUAUGAUCGAGAUCGAGAUGGGCGACAUCGACAUAGGUCUCGAUCUCGUUCAAGGGGUAAAUCUCAUCAUAGAUCAAGAUCUCGCUCUUGCUCUCGAUCUCGUUCAAGAUCAAAAAGCAAACGGGUUAGUGGUUUCGACAUGGCUCCUCCAACUGCAUUGAUGCCAGGAGCAGCAGCAGCUGCUGCUGCUGCUGCUGCAGCAGGUCAAUUGAAUGGGCCAACUCCAGCAAUCCCUGGAAUGUUUCCAAAUAUGUUACAAUUUCCUGGACAGCUGGCAACCCCACUCUUGAUGCACCCUCAGGCAAUGACUCAGCAGGCAACAAGACAUGCUCGGCGGGUUUAUGUUGGUGGCCUUUCUCCAACUGCGAAUGAACAGUCAGUGGCAACUUUCUUCAGCCAGGUUAUGGCUGCAAUUGGAGGAAACUCUGCUGGACCAGGAGAUGCUGUUGUCAAUGUAUACAUCAACCAUGAGAAGAAGUUUGCAUUUGUUGAAAUGAGGUCUGUUGAGGAGGCUAGUAAUGCUAUGGCCUUGGAUGGUAUUAUUUUUGAGGGUGCACCAGUGAAGGUGAGGCGGCCAAGUGAUUACAAUCCUUCUCUUGCUGCAGCACUUGGGCCAAGUCAACCAAAUCCCAAUCUCAACCUAGCUGCUGUUGGAUUAACUCCAGGUUCUGCUGGUGGACUCGAGGGUCCUGAUCGGAUCUUCGUGGGUGGGCUUCCGUACUAUUUCACAGAAGUACAGAUACGGGAGCUUUUAGAAUCCUUUGGGCCUCUUCGUGGGUUUGAUCUUGUCAAGGACAGGGAAACAGGGAACUCAAAAGGCUAUGCAUUUUGUGUGUAUCAAGAUCUGUCAGUAACUGACAUCGCUUGUGCAGCUCUCAAUGGAAUAAAAAUGGGUGAUAAAACUCUCACUGUUAGGCGUGCAAAUCAGGGUGCUUCACAGCCAAAACCUGAGCAGGAGAGUGUAUUAUUGCAGGCACAGCAGCAGGUAGCUUUGCAGAGACUUGUUUUCCAAGGUGGUGCACUACCUACCAAGGUUAUAUGCUUAACAGAGGUAGUUAACGCAGAUGAGCUAAAAGAUGAUGAGGAGUAUGAAGACAUAAUGGAAGACAUGAGAGCAGAAGGCGGAAAAUAUGGGAAUCUGGCCAAUGUAGCCAUUCCACGUCCGGGACCAAAUGGCGAGUUAUCUCCAGGUGUUGGAAAGGUGUUCUUGGAGUAUGCAGACGUAGAUGGAGCUACCAAAGCCAGGCAAGGGUUGAAUGGGAGGAGAUUUGGAGGAAAUGUAGUCACAGCCAAUUAUUAUCCAGAGAACAAGUUUUCCCAGGGCGAAUAUGAUGGAUAGUUACUGUUCUGAUAUUAUCGCCUAAGCAUUUGA